AUGUUCAAGGAGUUCGGAGGGGGAAGGCCACCCGCUCCCGGAGCUCAUCGGGCACGCUUAGAGAGCCCCGCGGCCGCCUUACGCCCAGGGUCGCAACAGAAGUACUCAUCUGAUCCAGGGGCAGGGCCCAGUGGCAGCGGCUUGGUCCCAAAUCUCAACACCGUCACCACCAGCCACGAUCUCCAGUGGUUGGUUCAGCCCACACUGAUGGGUGCCUCUCCAGGGAUUCCGCCCUACCCGAGGCCAUACCGCUGUUCACGGGACUUGGCCGCUUUGGCUGGAAUUCGGCCUGGUGUGAUCCGCACCACAGGACCACUCUUUACACCCCGAAGGCGUCAUUCAGACCAUUUGACGCCGGAAGAAGAGGAGCGCCGCCGAUUGCGGCGGGAGAGAAACAAAUUGGCUGCUGCAAAAUGCCGGAACCGCCGCAAAGAGCUGACGGACUCCUUGCAAGCAGAGACAGACCAACUGGAGACGGAGCAGUCCAGUCUGCAGAAGGAGAUAGCAGAGCUGCAGAAACAAAAGGAGCGCCUCGAGCUCGUCCUGGAGACCCAUCGCCUUGCUUGCAAAAUCCCGGAGGAAUCUUCCGGGGACGACAGUGAAGGUGGAAGCCAGCCAGCUGCCUCUGCCCUGCUUCCACUACAGCCAGAGUCUCCGCCAGGCCCCAGUGUCCCUCGGCGAGCCGCUCCAGUGCCCCCUUGCAUCCAUCUGCCCCCCACUGGUAUCCUGGAGCCAGAGGCACUGCACACGCCCACCCUGAUUGUUACGCCUUCUCUCACCCCCUUCACCCCCAGCUUGAUCUUCACCUACCCCACACCAGGGGACCCUGACACGCCCUCCGGUUCCGGGUUUUCUCAAGAACCCUGUUCGACUGCCCACCGGCGCAGCAGCAGUGGAGACCAUUCCUCCGACUCGCUCAAUUCCCCAACCUUGCUGGCCCUCUGAGGGACCAGGACUCCUCUCUCCGUCCUCAGGUUCUAG